UCUGCUUUAAUUUUAUUAGAUACACGGAACACCCAACAAACACAAACAUUUAAAUUUAGUUAACAUUUUUGGAUAGUACAUAUAGAUAGGGAGGUUAGUUGAUCACCAUGUUUUCAGACUCUAUUCCUAUGAUGCAACACACUCGAAGGGGCACUGUGCCGGCAAGUGAGGAUCAGCAUAGCGAAGGAUCGGAGUCCCAGUUUACGUCGUUAAAAUCAUCUCAACUAGGGCUGCAACAUUUUUGCCGAACUUCGAUGCUUCUUCUGGACUAUAAGCAAUAUAAGGCCGCUAGAGCUAUCCAACGAAGGUGGCGGAGUUUCUGCAUCCGUAGGAUCUUAGAUAAAAGAUGGAAGGCGGCCAUCACAAUUCAGCGUUGGUGGCGUGGCUUUUCGGUACGAAACAAUCAUUUAAGUUUCGUAGAAAAUAAGCUGCAGAAGCUCCUGGAGGAUCACUUUAACAAGUCGGCCACCAAAAUCCAGGCUUUAUUCCGAGGUUGGAGAGUUCGGAAAUAUGUGCACGAUCAUAGCAAACUGAUGAAGCUGCAAAUGUGCGCCGCCGAGGAUCUUCUCAAUUGUGUGGCAUUCAAGUUGCACCACUUGCUCCGAACCUAUGCGAUUCCUGGGGUCUACUCUCUGAGGAACUCUAACUGCCUUUCGCGAGUUGAGAAACUACUAGCAAGUCUGCAUUUCCGAUUUCAUAAUGGAAUAGAGAAGUCGCAAAAUCUGGCUAACAAAAAAAGGGAAAGCGACAAAUAUGCUAGAAUUCCGUUUGAAGGGGCGCGUUAUUGGAGCGAAUGUAAACCCAAAGCCGAUGUUGCCUUGAAAAUGUCCAAGGAUAUUGAUAAACGCAUGUACAGGAUCAUUGACAUGUACGAUAAAUCACAAAGGGAAGCGCAAGCGGCGUUGGAGCAAAAAAAUAAAAAAUUUAAAAGGAAUAAAAAGCUUAUGGAAAACAUCAAGAAAUCGGCGGAGAAAAACAAGCGCGACUUUUGUGGCGAUGUUAUUGCCAGCAUGCGUCGAUGGAAAGUCCUGGUGGACAACAAUUUGAAAGUGGACAAAAACAUAUUUAGGAAUCCGGCAAAUCUGGAGAAUUUUCUCAACGAAAUAAUGAACUACGUGAAUGAGUUCAAGAACUGCACCUGCUAUUGCCGUAUUCCCGUAUUUACUGAAAUCUAUUGCGCCUAAAAAUGUAACGAAACAUAUUAAUCAAAACAAAGAAAAACGUUUAAUAAACAAUAUUCUAUAUUGAA